UGUGAAUGCGUGAGACUUCAGAGCCCAGUAAAUAAGUUCAACUUCUGUAACUUGUUCAACGUCUAACAUGCAGUGUCACUGAAAUGCGGAACCGUUGUUGCACUGUGCAUUGUUUUCUCGGAAUGUUAUUCGAAUGGGACUAUUUCAGUCAUGUGAUUUGGGUGGAUUAGCCUGCGAAAUGUGUACUGGUAUUCAACUGUACACUCAUUAAUUAGUGUAACUAGAUUGCGUUUUAGUAAAAGUAGUCGGUAACAAUGUUGAUGGUAUUAUCUGAUGAACAUAAGGAGCAUUUGGGCUUUCUGUCGGAGGUAGAUCCAACAGUGGUGGGUGAAUUCGGCCGAAUUGCCGUGGAAUUCCUGCGAAAAGGAACCAACCCAAAAAUCUACGAAGGGGCUGCAAGAAAGCUGAAUGUUGCCGUGGAGACGGUGGAGCAUGGCGUGGAAGGACUCAUGUAUCUUUUGACAGAGAGCUGCAAGCUUCUGAUUUCAGAGGUGGACUUUCAGGACUCUGUGCUGGUGCUGGGCUUCUCUGAGGAACUGAACCAGCUCCUGCUACAACUCUACCUGGAACACAGGAAGGAGAUCAGAAGCAUCCUGAACCAGCUCAGUCCUUCUCUCCCACACUACGACAACCUGGAGUGGAGACUGGAUGUACAGUUGGCCAGUCGAGCCCUGCGCCAGCAGGUGAAGCCAGUGGUGACCUUAAAGCUGCACCUUGAGGACAACGAAGGGGUGAAGAGGGCCAGAGUUCUCCAGACUGACCCCGCCACCCUGCUGCACCUCAUCAGUAACCUGGAGACGGCACUGGCCGAGAUAAAGACCAACCACUGCCGCAGGAUCCUGCGCAACAUCAAAUAACGUCCCCACUCUGCUGACCCUGGAGCUCUGUGGCUUCCUACUGGGAUCUGCACUGACACAGGACACAGAACAACGUCUCGGUUCCCAGGGUGGAAUCAGAAUGGGUUCGAAAGAUCUUAAUCUCGAGUCUGUGCAAUUGUAAAACUCCUCACUCGUGGUUUGGUGUUAGACACAACCCUGCCAGUAGAGGGGGCCACUGCCAAGCCUCGAGACUGGAGGAGGGGUGGAGCAAGGACAGUCAGCACUGAUAAAGUGAGAUUAGGAGACAGACAGCCGCAUAUAAUGAGUAUUUACAGACACACAGACUGCAUUGAGAUACAAAGAUGAAAGGCAGUGCAAUUCAAAUAGUCUUAAUUUUGCAGUUUGAUCUACUAAACAUGCGAGAAUAAGGAGGGAGGGCAUUUUGUCUGACCAAGGGCAGUUUCUGGCAUUUAUAAAGUGUUGUAAAGUUCACGGCUCAGUAAUCAUUUGCAUAAUUUUUUUCGCGUCAGAAGCUCCAAGUAGUUGUUUAUGAAACAAUCAAAUUAUUCCCAAAACAGCUCCAAGCUGUCUGGAUGGUUUUGAGAUUUUGUCACACACUUGGCCACUACUUCACAGGUCGAAGUAAUCAUCUUAAUGCUGUGUUGCUAUUGCAUUUGGCAUCUGUCUUUUUUUAAUUAUUAGUAUUUUAAAAUGUUUAUUGUAUUUGAAACCAGUAUUUGUUCUGAAACUAUGAGUGUUGUUGUUGCUGGGACCAACUAAAUGUAGAGAAACGAAGACCGUUGCACUGGAACACAAGAGAGACUAGAAAACGGUUACUUUUUUAAAUUACUAACAACAUUGUGUCUUGCUUCAAAAAUCUACCCUCUAACCAAGAAUAGGGAUGAAAUGUGCCAUUAUCAUGAAUGUUUAUUAUCCAUAAUCAGCUUUAUGCAUUUUUCUAUUUUUUGGCCUGGAAGUGUGGCCCGCAUGAUUGCCUGAAUGUUAUGUUACAUGUCAGAAUUAAUUGAGACAUUAAAUCAGGUUGAUUCCA